GCAGCUGAACCCGCCGGCUGUGGAGCCUCCUCUUCCCGCGCCCGGCGGCCCUCUCCGCCUGCGGUACUGGCCCUCCUCCGCAGAGGAGGGGCCACUCACUGCAACUUCGGGAGAAAAUGUCUGGAAUUCCGUUUCCGCUUUAGGGAGUGGACGGUGAUUUUUUUUCUUUUACUUGACUUUCCAUCCAACUUUCAUUUCCACCACAACUCGCACAGUUUUUUUGGUUAACUGUCUCGGAUUAAAUUAUCGUCACGACGAUGGCUUCUUCGCCUCAGAAGUCCCCGUCCUCUCCGAAAUCUCCGACGCCCAAAUCUCCGUCCUCCAGAAAGAAAGACGACUCUUUCCUGGGAAAACUUGGAGGAACUUUGGCGAGAAGGAAAAAGGCGAAAGAAGUGUCUGAGCUUCAGGAGGAAGGGAUAAAUGCCAUCAACCUUCCUCUCAGCCCCUCCCACUAUGAGCUGGACCCUGAGGACACCAUGUUGGAGGAAAAUGAAGUCCGCACCAUGGUGGACCCCAACUCCAAGAAUGACCGCAAGCUGCAGGAGCUCAUGAAGGUACUGAUCGACUGGAUAAAUGAUGUUCUGGUCGGGGAGAGGAUCAUUGUGAAGGAUCUGGCUGAAGAUCUGUAUGACGGACAGGUCCUGCAGAAACUGUUCGAAAAGCUGGAAGGUGAAAAAUUGAACGUGGCGGAGGUGACCCAGUCGGAGAUCGCCCAGAAACAAAAACUGCAGACUGUCCUAGAGCGCAUCAACGACUCGCUCAAACUCUCCACCAGGAAUAUUCGCUGGAAUGUGGACUCGGUUCAUGCUAAGAGUAUAGUUGCCAUCCUGCACCUGUUGGUGGCGCUGUCGCAACAUUUCAGAGCACCAAUCAGAUUGCCUGACCACGUUUCUAUUCAAGUAGUGGUCGUCCAGAAAAGAGAGGGCAUCCUUCAGUCUAGACAAAUUCAAGAGGAAAUCACAGGCAACACAGAGGCUUUCUCUGGCAGACACGAGCGCGAUGCUUUCGACACCCUGUUUGACCACGCUCCAGACAAACUGAAUGUUGUCAAAAAGACAUUGAUCACAUUUGUGAACAAACACCUCAACAAGCUCAACCUGGAGGUUUCUGAAUUGGACACACAGUUUGCAGACGGUGUUUAUCUGGUUCUGCUGAUGGGGCUGCUGGAGGGAUAUUUUGUGCCACUCUACAACUUUUUCCUCACACCAGAGAAUUUCGACCAAAAGGUCCACAAUGUGUCUUUCUCCUUUGAGCUGAUGCAGGACGGAGGUCUGGAGAGACCAAAGCCCCGACCAGAGGAUAUAGUGAACUGUGACCUUAAAUCGACACUCCGCGUCCUCUACAAUCUCUUCACCAGGUACAGGAAUGUAGACUAAGCACCAUGAGAGGCUGAAGAGGGAACACUUUAUACCAUGGACCACAUAUUAUUAAAGCCUAAAAAAAUAUAUUUUUUCCUUCUAUUCAACGUAGAAGUCUGUUGCUUUAUCUGAAUGCAUGUAUCACAUUUCGCCCCUGUUGAAUAAUGUACCACACACUAAUCUGGAUUUUUUUUUAUUCUACUGCAGACAUUUGGCUUGUGUGCCACAAAGUGUUUGACUUUCUAUUGCAAAUUGGGCAUCACCAGACAGGCGACUGUGAACUAAAUUAAGUAGUUAAUGUUUAGUUAAGCAAUAGAGGUUGCUCUGUAAUAUUUUUUUCACCUCAUGAAGGGGAGAUUUUAGAUGAACUUGAAUUCCGAAAAAAAAUUGUUUAACUAUAUUUAUUGUACAUUUUGUUACACUCGUCCACUCUUACUUUUCCAGCUACUUCAUUUUCUUGUUUAUGUCAUUCAUAAGUGCCUUUAUUUAAACAUGUGAACACUAUAAGAUCCCAACAAUUAAUAUUGGGGUGCAUGUGCUCCACAGUUGUCUUAACGUUCCAGAUUUCCUUUGCAAAUGUGGAGGAACGUCUGAAAUAUUUGACCAAAGCUCUGCUGUAUUCACACUGUAAAACAUGCAGUAUAGAGGCUUCACUGAACAGCCGCUUGCUUUUUAGUAUUGAGGUACAUCAGCGUUACAUAAUCUGCUUUUUGUGGUUUAAUACAUUAUAUACAUCAUAUUCUAAUACAAAUGCACUCCUUUCGGCAAGACGAAUGAAAACUGAAUAUAUAUACUUUUCACUUUUUCAAAUGCAGCAGUCAUCUGUAGCUCAAGCUACCUACACAUUCUCUAUCAUGUAUCUAUUUAUGUUUUAAUGCAUUAUAUUCAAUAAAUCACUCAGUACCUGGA